UUCCCCCUAUAUACCCACACCACACACCCCAUAUAUACACUGUCCUUCAUAUAUAGUAUCAUCCCAUUGAAUCACUGAUCCACAAAGUGUCAGAAACAGAACAUAGUAGCAAAAUGGUGGCUACAGAUCACACCACCAAUGGUGUCCUCAAUAGUUGGAAAGGAACAAAAACCUUCACAUAUCAACUUCUCACAGGUCGUUGGUUCAUGUUAUUUGCAUCAUCAUUAAUCAUGUCUGUAGCAGGUGCAACAUACAUGUUUGGUCUAUACUCAAACCAAAUCAAAACCUCUUUAUCCUAUGACCAAACAACUCUAAACCUCCUUAGUUUCUUCAAAGACCUCGGUGCCAACGUUGGCGUCAUCUCCGGUUUAAUCAAUGAAAUCACACCACCUUGGGUUGUUCUCUUAACCGGUACCAUCAUGAAUUUCUUUGGUUACUUCAUGAUAUGGCUUUCCGUUACUAAAAAAAUUCAUACACCUAAAGUUUGGCAAAUGUGUCUUUAUAUUUGCAUUGGUGCAAAUUCUCAAACUUUUACUAACACAGGUGCUUUAGUUACUUGUGUUAAGAAUUUCCCUAAUAGUCGUGGUAGUGUUUUAGGUCUUUUAAAAGGUUAUGUUGGUUUAAGUGGUGCUAUUAUUACACAAAUUUAUCAUAGUUUAUAUUAUGGUGAUAGUAAUAAUACUCAAUCUCUUAUUUUACUUAUUGCUUGGCUUCCUGCUGCUGUUUCUUUUCUUUUUCUUCCAACUAUUAGAAUUUUGAAAUUGAACAACAUACAACAACAAAAGGAAUAUAAAGUUUUCUAUAAUCUUCUUUAUAUUUCACUUGGUCUUGCUUGUUUUCUCAUGGUUUUGAUCAUACUCCAAAACAUGUUAACUUUCUCAAGGAUUGAGUAUAUUGGUGAUGGAGUUUUUGUAAUUUUGUUACUACUUCUUCCACUUGUUGUGGUAUUUAGAGAAGAAAUCAAAUUCAACACCCUUUUGAAGGAUACUUCAAUAUCUCAAUUGAAAGUAGUCACUGAUGUCCCACUUCAGAACAUGUCAUCACACGAACAAGAAGCGGAAGUAUCAUCAUCGUCAACAACUACAAAUUCAGACAAGAAAAGUAGUUCUUGUUGGAGGACGAUAUUCAAACCUCCGAAUAGAGGUGAAGACUACACAAUUUUACAAGCUUUGUUUAGUAUUGACAUGUUAAUUCUUUUCCUAGCAACAACUUUUGGUGUUGGUGGGACAUUAACAGCGAUCGAUAAUUUGGGACAAAUUGGUCAUUCAUUAGGGUACCCAAAUAAAAGUACUACAACUUUUGUGUCGCUGGUAAGUAUAUGGAACUAUCUAGGACGGGUUGCGUCGGGUUAUAUCUCAGAGAUUUUAUUAACCAGAUAUAAAAUCCCUCGUCCGUAUCUGCUCACUUUUGUCAUGCUUCUCUCUUGUGUUGGCCACAUUCUAAUCGCGCUAGGUAUUUCAAACUCUCUUUACUUUGCAUCGGUGAUUAUUGGUUUUUGUUUUGGAGCUCAAUGGCCAUUGAUGUUUGCAAUCAUAUCCGAAAUUUUUGGAUUGAAAUACUAUUCAACUUUGUACAAUUUUGGAGCUGUGGCAAGUCCUGUGGGAUCUUAUAUAUUCAAUGUGAGAGUGGCUGGUUAUUUAUAUGAUAAAGAAGCUUUGAAACAAUUGGAGGCCAAGGGACUUAGAAGACAAAAAGGGAAGGACUUAACUUGUGUUGGAGUAGAGUGUUAUAGGAUGGCUUUUAUUAUAAUUACAGCAUCAACUUUAAUUGGAUGUUUUAUUUCUUUUAUUUUGGUGCUUAGGACUAGAAAAUUUUACAAAGGGGAUAUAUAUGAAAAGUAUAGGGAGGAAUUUGAAGCAGCAGAGACUCAAAUGAGGAUUGUAAAAACUGGUGAUGGUGUGUCUGAAAGUGAAGACCCCGGCAACGCAACGUUAGGCGCUGUCGGGGUUACUCGUAGUCUCCCAGGGUAAGGACAUGUUAGUGUAAAGAAUUGAUCCGAUCAAAGUUUAAAAUAUGGUUAAAGACAUGUAUGAUUUGUCUCAAUUUUGUGUUCGCCCCUUGCCUAGAUCUGAAAGAGAAAUGUACUUCGGUCGUAAUAUUUA